AAGGAGAUCCAUUUUUGAUCCGCAUAUGGUGAUGAUUCUGGUGACUGGCGCCAGUGGUUAUCUCGGCGGAAGACUCUGCCGCGCUCUGCUGAGCCAAGGCUACUCCAUUCGCGCCUUGGUGCGACCGACCAGCGACCUCUCUUCCCUUCCUUCAUCCUCCGACGACGCCGCGCUCGAGUUUGCCUACGGUGACGUCACGGACCACCGCUCCCUACUGGAUGCCUGCUCCGGCUGCAACGUUAUCUUCCACGCCGCGGCCCUCGUCGAGGCCUGGAUCCCAGAUCCAUCUCGGUUCUUCACUGUUAUUGUCCACGGGCUGAAGAACGUGCUCCAAGCAGCUAAAGAGACGAAGACGGUCGAGAAGAUUGUAUACACGUCGUCGUUGAUCGCUCUCGGGCCAACGGACGGAUAUAUCGCUGAUGAAAAUCAAGUGCAUCCAGAGAAGUUUUUCUCCACGGAGUAUGAAAGAGCGAAGACUUUGGCGGAUAAGGUUGCCUUACAAGCUGCAUCGGAAGGAGUGCCGAUCGUCUUGGUUUAUCCCGGUGUUAUUUUUGGCCCAGGCAAGCUCACCUCCGGCAAUGCUGUUGCACGAGUG